AUGAGGUCGUUUUUACUAUUAUGUUUGUCGUUAUACAUUGUGUCUGCUAAACAUGAAAUUUACGAUGGAUACGUCGUUUACGAAGUAUACCCAAACAACGUAGACGAAAUUCAGUUACUAAAUGACGUAGUUAACGAAUUAGAGUUAGAUGUUUGGACAUACGCUAACCUAGUCAAACCUGGGGCAAUUUUUGUAUCUGAACCUAAAAAAGUACCGUUUGAAAAUGCUAUGAAAUCUGCUGGAAUACCAUGCAAGGCUACCAUUCAGAACAUCAGAGAGCUGCUGGAAUUAGAAGAUCAGCAAUUAGCAGCUGCCACCACGUCUACGAGAAACCUCGGGUCUCGGCUUUCACUAAAUCAAAUAUAUACGUUUGCGCAGGUUACCGAGUACUUGGCUGACAUAGCCAGGAGGUUCCCCAGAGUUACAAGGCUUGUUAAUGGAGGAAACAGUGUUCAAGGUCGACCCAUUCAGUACUUGGAGAUUUCUACAACAGGUAUCCAGAAUUCACGCAAACCUAUCAUCAUGUUGCAAUCCCUCCUGCAUGCCCGUGAGUGGGUAACUCUGCCGCCAAGUCUUUACGCCAUUCACAAGUUAGUAGUUGAUGUGACCGAAUCUGAUUUACUCAAUAACUAUGAUUGGAUCGUCAUGCCUGUUGCCAACCCUGACGGAUACGAAUGGUCACGUACAAAUGCACGUUUUUGGCGCAAAAAUCGGCGAACCGGCCUAAUGGCCGGUAAUAUCUGCCUUGGUGUAGACCUAAACAGAAACUUUAACGUCAACUGGGGUACAGCAUCAAGCUCGAGCGUGUGUUCAGAUACAUUCCACGGACGAGGAGCACAUUCUGAACCUGAAACUCAAGCAGUCGUCAAUGUUCUAAACAGAUACAGAGGCCGAGUAGCUAUGUAUAUAGAUUUACAUAGUGCUGGCAGCAUGAUUUUGUAUGGAUGGGGUAACGGAACCCUUGUUCCUAAUGCUUUGUCGCUCAACCUAGGAGGCACUAGGAUGGCACAAGCUAUCGACGCAGUUAAGUGGGCGCAAAAACCUAACUACAGAGUUGGUAAUAUUGUUGCUAUCUUACGAUACACAGCUUCUGGAGGAUCUAGUGAUUUUGCACAAGCAAUUGGAAUCCCAUUCUCUUACACCUAUGAAUUACCAGCAAGGUUAAGUUCUACUGGAACGAAUGUCUUCUUAGUAGAUCCGAAUUUCAUUAGACAGGCAGCGAUUGAAACCUGGGCAGGCAUUGUAGCUGGUGCGAGACAUAUUUUGAAUCAAAUAUAA